UUAUAUAUAGUUAUUUUGAAAAGUGAUCUGCUCCAGAUGUUUGAUGAGGAUGUAAACUCUCCCAAUGUGUAUAACGUGGAAUUUCUUCUCGAGGAGAAUGCUGCAUGAUCGAAUUUGAAUUCACAUAGGGGUACAAAAUUAAAUGAAUAUUCAGAGGAUUUCUUUGCCUGAAGAACUUGUCCAAUCAAAAUAAUAUUCAAUAAUAAAGUGUUACAUUCAAAAACUACAAAAACACUACAAAAAGUACUACUUCAGAUUAGAUUUUGGGACACACUGCAUAAUUAAAUAAUACUUAUGAUCUACAUUGUUAAAAUAUAAAUUAAAACUAUGGAGUUGGUUGUGGUAUUGCAAAAUUUGCGGUUAACAUUUUGUGACCUUUGUGGGAAGACAUUUAAGGAAGAAAGCGAAUACCACAAACAUUUAAAAACCCAUCACCUGAAAAAUAUCACGGAGAAAAAGUACGUUUGCGACAUUUGCGGCAAAAAAUUCCGCGAUAAGUACGGCGUCUCUGUCCACAUAACUAUUCAUACGGGGGAGUUAUUCGAAUGCCAUAUUUGCGGAAAAAAGUUAAGCAAGUCACAUUUACCUAAACACAUGAAAAUUCACACGCACGAGAAGAAAUUCGGCUGCACCGUUUGCGGAACGAAAUUCCUCUAUCGGAGCAGUCUCACCAAACACAUGCAAAUUCACGGGGAAAAAAAGUUCGGUUGUAACGUUUGCGGGAGGAAGUUCCAUGUGAGGUUCAGUCUCAUCAGACACGUAAAAACUCACACGGACAAGAAACCGUUCGGUUGCAACGUUUGCGGUAUGAAGUUCCGCCGGAACGACUACCUCCCUAAGCACAAGCAGACUCACGAGGUGUAUUUUACCAAUGUAGUUUCUAACCUAAUUUUUAAAAGAACGUUGAACAAAAACAAAAACAUGGAAGAGUUACUUGUGGUUCUGAAAAACCUGGAAUUAAUAUUUUGUGACCUUUGUGGUAAGACAUUCAAGAAAAAUAGCGAAUACAAUGAUCAUUUAAAAACUCAACACAUGGAAGAUAACUCGAAGAAAUUCGAUUGUCACAUUUGCGGAAAGAAGUUCCGCUAUAGGUGCUUGUUAUCUGCACACAUGGUAAUUCACACGAGAGAGAAUAAAUUCGCUUGUCACGUUUGCGGGAAAAAGUUCCGAUUCAAGGGCAAUAUAAAUCCUCACAUGGCAAUACACAAGGACGAGAGGAAGUUUGAUUGCCACAUUUGCGGAAAAAAGUUCCGCAGUAAGUACUAUUUACCUAUUCACGCACGAAUUCAUGCAAAGGACCAGAAAUAAUUUUACAAUAUAUGCGAUAAGAAGUUGAGUACAGUCACUCUAUUCACAUAAAUGUUCAGAAAAGAAUAAGAAGUAAUGUGAUUGUUGCAUUUUUGGAAAAAAUUUACACUAUCAAUGCAAUUUGCCUAUUCACAAGCGAAUUCACAUGGGGAUGUCUCUGUAGUCACAUGGACUCCAUAAAUAAUUAAAAUAUAUAUUGCUAGAAGUAAUAGAAAUAUCUGUUGUUUUGUUACACUUUUGUGUUGAUUUUAAGAAGGCUAUUGAUCAUCCAUUUAGAUUAUUUCUGAAUGGGUACAAUAAACCCAAAGAUUUUAUUUAUGUUAAUAAUUCUAGCAGUAAUUAAUUCAAUAAUUUUAUUAUUAUGUAUUAAGAAAAAAUGUAAAGUUGAUUUCAAUAAACGUAAUUAAGUGUAUACGCCUACUUUUUGUCCAAUACUCGCAUGUUGUAUUGGUCAGUAGCGAUAUUCUGUGAAAGGUUCUCAA